UCAGUAUUUUUAAUGAAAGAAAUUUGGUGUCAUAUCUCAAUCCAUCUAACAAUAAUAAUAUUUUCAACUUUCAAUAAUAUUAUUUGUUGUACUCUUUGAUAACGUGUUUAAUUUAAGGACACAUGGACUUAAUCUUGGCAAAUGCUAUUUUAAUAACUAUUGAUAUUGUAAGUAAGGUUUAGCUUGAAUAGAUAAAACGUAAACCCCCAGCUUGGUACUUAUUUUAAAAAUAUAUUUUUCCUUGCUUAAACAGUCCACGAAAUGAAAACAAAAACCUGCCGGCCUUAUUAAAUCGAAUUUUCGUAAAAAAGAAAAAAAAAAAAAAGAGUUUUUAAAGAAGAUAAGUAUCAGCAAACUGUAAACAUCCAACUAGAUACAUUUAUAUGUACUCUAUUGUCUCUCUAAUUUAUUGUUUUUCAGAAAUGAAAAAUAUGCAUUUAUAAUUUAAAAGUCGAUACUACACGGCACCCUCUCUUCUCGCAUCAUCUCCUCCUCUUCUUAUCUCUCUCACUCUCUGUUUUCUCUUUUCAUCACAUUUUUGUUUCACUUUUAAAAAUCAUCAUGAAAGCUAAAAAGAUGAAGAAAGAGAGCAACUUAGCUAGGCUGGUGAAAUCUCCGGUUCGUUUCUUGAUCAUGGCACGUGACGCUUACAUACGCAGCAUGACGUCAUGCUCCGCCGGUUUCAUCCGCGGUGGUGGUGGUGCCUCCGGUGCUUUUGGAUUGCCGGCCGGUAGUUUUCAAAUCUGCGAAGCUCAAAGCACCGCUCUCCCUCGUAGCUUCACCCUAAACUCGGCCACGUCGUCGACACGUGAACGUUGUAGACUUGUCUCAUACGGCGCUGGCGGAGGAGAAAUCACGGUGGAUACGGCGGCGGUGAGACGACGGCUGGAUCUCCGGAGAAACUACAGUUGUGUGGUGAUGGGAAGGAUCGAUGAAGAGAAGGUUUGUGAGAAGUUUGAAGAUGAGGAGUCCUUCUUAGAAGAUUAUUAUAGCAAAAAAAGAAAAUUAGGUGGAGUUUUUAUUACCAAUCAUCAUCAACAAUAAUUAAAAAAAAAAAAAUCUGAAGAC